AUGUCUGAUUCUACCCGCUCCAGCAAUGACUCUGACAGAGAAGAACGUUACCAGUUUGACUCAACGCCUGAGCCCUUACCGCCGGUUUCUCCUAGAGUAAACAUUGAAGACUCAAAUGAAGAAAUUGAAGACCCUGUGCCUCUGAGAGUGACACCCUCUCAUGGUGUAUGCCUGAAGUAUGCCAUCAACUCCCCACGGCCUGGUGAAGUUUUGCCCAGUCGUGGAAAGAAAGUGGCGUUCAAGCCCAAGGCAGAGAAAAAGGAGAAAGUGAAAAAGUUCAAGGACGUGCCUGCUCCCAUUGCUGAAGAAAUUCUUGUCUUCUAUUCUUCAGAAGAAGAUAGAAGAACGAAGGAAGUGGAGAGUGCCAACCUGUAUUUUCUGGCUCCCAAGCUGGGAAACUUCAAGAUUGCCCGCAAGGAAGGCGGACCUCACCGUGAAGAAUUCAACAGAAGAGCUCUGCAGAUCAUCAGAGAUAUCAACUAUGUUGACCUCUCCAAGAAGCCCAAGUCCAAGAAGGCUUCAGACACUGAAGACAGCGAUCCCAAUGAAGACACCAAAGGCAAGGACAAGGUGCCUAAGAAGAGGAAAGCCGAUGAAGACGCAGAGAAACAGUUCAAGAAGGAUCUGAAGAAAGCUAGAAAAGCCUCUGCUGUUGGACCCGGUUCCUCAUCCAAGGAUGUUGCUGCUGCUACUGUUGCCGCCAUGGCCUCUGGAGAAAUUCCAUAUCCUCCUCAAGUUGUUCACAUUGAUCCAGUUCUGCUUGCUGCUUUCAAUGAAGGAACGCUUCCAGAUUCCCUCAUGAGCCAUGUUGAACGCCUGAUUGUUGCCAAGACUCGGGCUGAAGAAUGGGAGCAGAACCGCAGCUUGCGUAUUGCCAGGCGGUUAGAAGAAGAAGACUGUGCUGAGAAGAAACGUGUUGAGAAGGAGAAGGAAGCCGAAGAGAAGAAAAGGGCUGACCUCAUCGCCGUGAAGAAAGAAAAGGAACUUGCGUUGAAAACUCAAGCUGAGCUUGAGAAGAAGAAGAAGAAGAAAGCUCUGCUCGCUGAGCAGAUGAAACAAGCAGCCGAAAGCCUGAAGGCUGAUAAGGCUAAGAGUGAAGCAAGGAAGAAAGCUGCUGAGAAAAAGCCUGAAGUACAGGGCGGAAAUGAAGAAGUUGAUCGAGAGAAGACAGAAUAUGAGAAGACGAGGGAUGCAGCUCGUGAGACCCGUCGUGUGAUUAGUCUCAAGGCCAGACAUGAUUCAGCUGCCCCCGCUGACACUGAAGAAAGUCAGGAUUUACCUCAGACCGGUCCAAAGAAGUUUACUAUGACUCGUCAGGCGUCUCAGAUCGCUGAAGUGAAGAAGACUGCCAAGGAGUUUGGUCUGAAGAUCAAAGUUCCUGCCGGAAGAAGUUCCUCCACUUCAUCAUCUGCGGCAGUUCCUCUGAAGAAAGCUAUUGAUACACUUGUGCCAGAUACAUCAACAGUCAAGCUUACUACACUUGCUGAGAAACAGGAACAAGCUGCUUCAUCCCCCACAGUACUGUCUGAGCACAACGCAGAACAGGAAGAAGGAGAUGAGGUGUUGGGAAGAACAAAGAAGACAUCACCCGUCCUGAGGAACCUCCCACCAGCAGCUCGUUGCCUCGCACUGAAUCAGUGGAUGCCUCUGCUGAAGAAGGAAGAACUUGUGACUUCGAAGCUGAAGCCACUCGUGAUUUGCAUGCCAAUGACGCAGAAACUGAUGCAGAUGCCCCAGUGCCAACACCGGAAGUCCGUGUGA